AGGUAGUUGUAACAUUAGAUAAGUUAAUAAUUGACCCUAUUAUGUCUUUAUACACUGUCACAGUAUCUGGACUGGCUUGCCCUAUGUGUCAGACAGAAAGGAUAGCCAUAAAACAUGGUUAUUUAUCCUUGUGUAUAUUACAUUUCUGUCAUUUAGCGGAUGCUAUUAUCCAGAGUGACUUACAGUAGCAUGAACAUACACGUUCAUACAUUUCUUCCUGGUCCCACAUCAAAUCCACAUGCCAAAUGUUGCAAGGACCAUAACUUUACCGACUGAGCCACAUACAACCACAUUCAACCUCAGCAACAAUGCGUCACACUUAAAAUGUCAGACUAACAUGUCACUGAUGACUCCACAUUUACCCCAUAACAACAAGUGCUUGAUACACAAAAAACACCUCAACCAACUACACAGCUAUCCCAGACAAACAUCACAGAGAUGACGGACAAGCUUCCUGAAUCACUGGGAGAGUUCUAAGGUUGCAAUCAGUUUAUUGUAGAACCUUUGUUCAGUUGUGUGUCAGGACAGGUGUGUGCAUGUAAUCUGUGUUAUCUCAGCUGGGAAACACAAGGGCACUUCGCAGAGAAAUCAUGUUCAGAAUUUCAGUUUGGAUCUGUCUCUCUCUAUUGGUUAAUGGCUACUCAGCCAAGCCAUUCAAGUCCUGGGGUAAAGCAUCUGAGACUGCAGUCCAGGAGACACUGAUGUCAGAUGAGAUGGAGGAAAAGCAGCUGUCUGAUCUGGGGCUGAAACAGGUGGAGGCCCCAGAAGACAUGGACCGUACCGACUACAUCGACUCAGCCAUCUGGAAGAACAUCAUAGAGGAGAAGGGAGACGAGGAGGAAGAGGUUGAGAAGGGAGAACUUGAGGAAGGCCAGGGUCGAUAUCUCACAGCCGAGGAGGACACGGACCAUAUCAACCACCCAUCAAUGGACUCUGAACUGACCGGAUCCCAACCUCAGCUGCAGGACACCUUCGUCGGAGUGCUCGAUACACAGCAGCCUGAACAGGACAGGCUCUACCAUCCAGAAAUAAAGCAGGACGACUGGCUUUACCAAGCCAGUGAGCCUCACAAGUUGGUGCUCUCUGCUCUGGGGGCAGAGUUCAGGGGUCAUCGUGAGCCUGAAGAGGACAGGGACCACAUCUACCAUGGUGACCUGCCUGGACCUAUUCAGGGGGGCCGGAUGGACCAGGAGAGGCAGCUGCCGGCUGAUCGGCCCUCUCAGAGGAUCCACAGCCAACCGGAGGAAGACCUUGAUGACCUCUAUCAUCCUUAAUAAACAGCUACUGACUGACCGCUAACAAUGCCUCACAGCUAACGCUAACCGUCAACUGUAAAUCUUUACAUGCAUGCUUAAUGGGUUAAAUGCACUUCAGGGUUAUUCUGCACAGAUAUAUCGCUUGCUUUAUGUAUUAGUCAGUGCUGUGAUGUGAGUAUAAAUCAUCAAAGAAACUUUUGACCACAAUUUUAACUGAUUCUUCCAUUUACUGAACAACUGUUCACACUGAAUAAAAUAGCAAAAUGAC